CUGAAUAUUUGACUCUAUAUUAUGAGGCAUGUCUUACCUUGCUUCAAAAUAGCCUCGGAAAAAUCACACUAUAGAACCGUGGAGGCAUUUUAUUUUAUAAAGACUUCCUCCUAUGCCAUUGAAACCAGCAUUUCUCUGCUGUUCCAUUGGUUUUCAUAUCAACUUUUUUUCGUUGUGCAGAUGCCAAAGGCGCAAUCCUAGUCAUUUUUAGUGUCCCAUCCUAGUUGCGUCUUCAGAUUCCCCUUCAUUCGAAGUUUCUAACAGAGAUGUUCAUCUCUGUCACAUAUGAAACUGCUCGCACCAGGUUUGAUGACUUUGAUGACGCCAUUGAUGAAGCGAUAGAGGAAGACGUCAGAGAUGAGGAUGGAGGAGAGGUGGGGCAGGGUAAGGACAUUACCACCAUCCUAUCGGAGGAGGGGAAGGAGAAACGAGGACCAACCACAGCUCAGGCCCCUCCCACCAGGAGCAGGAAGAGAAGGAGACUCAACGACCUGGAGAGCGACAGCACGGCUGCAGAGAGCGAGGAGGAGUUUCAGCUCAGCGCCAGUACGGAGAAGGAGGAGUUUGUAGCGUCAGGUGAUGAGGAAGCAGCCAGUGAUGUGGACAGCUUUGCCAGCGACCCGGGCUUCGUAAGCCAGUCUACACGGGCACAGAGACGGGCACCUAAACAGAGAACCUCCAGGACCGCAGCAAAGUGCAAGAAACGCCCACGCAGACAGAGGAGAGGAUGGGGGGAGGAGGAGGAGGAGAGUGAAGAGGAGAUGGAGACCAGUGAUUUGAGGGACAGCGAUGGGGACAGGAAGAGGUGUGGUUUAAGGAGGGGCCGGAAGCGGGAGGUGAACUACCGCGAGACGUCAGAAUCCGAGUGUUCCCAGGCAACCACCAAUAAGGAUAAGGCUAAACCCCGGCGCCGUCGUCUCUCCAGCUCAGUCGUCAUCCGAGGAAGAUCGUCCUAUCCGCAAACGACUUAACCGCAUCGACUCUGAUGAAGAGGAGGAGAAAGAGG